AUGAGCACUUCUUUACAGCUUCUGGCUAACUACUAUGAAGCAGUCCUUGAAAGCGAAAGAAUCUACAACGAACAUAGCCACGAUGACCAUCCGCUUACGAAGAGAUCUGUCGAUCCUGAAAAUAGAGACUCCAUGCUGGUCAAAGAAACAAUCAGUUUACAACGCCAGGUUGCACAAUCCAUCCACGAAUGCAACGUGCUAAAACAGGAGAACGAGCGCCAAAGGCAGAUACACAAAACUCAGAUAGCACUUCUAGAGUCCAAGUUAGAUAACGCUAGAAAAAAUUCGGCUAAAUCGAAAGAGGGAGCUUUAGCAGAGACAGUUAACGGGGGCAGCGAUAAAGUACAUCUUUUAAGUCCAUUGGGUAAAGAUAAACAGCAGGCGAAAAAUCCACCUGAACCGCGUAAUAUAGGGAAGGCCUUGGCAAGGGCUGUUAAAAAUGCACCCGCUGACCUGAAUGGUGGACUUCGACAAGCCAUAAGCAAGAAUAGAGGAACCCUCUUUGACGAAGACACAAACGAAAUGGCAGAAAACUCGCAGGAAACAUCGUUUCUCACUUCAGUAAAAGAUAAAUUCAAGCUGGCAGACAUUGUACUCCCGAAGGACAAUCAUCUUUCGGCAUCUUCCGGUGACUCGGAUGAUAAAGUCGGCGCUAACCCUGUUCCUCAGAAAAAUCAGCAGAGUCCACAAAGGAAGCGCCGAUUGAUCAAGAAGCGGAUCCAAAAUGUCGAUACCGACAGCGAGAAUCUCUAA